CAAGUCCAAAAUCCUUGAAGGAAAUCAAUACUAAAUAACAAACGAGGCAAAUGAAGAUCAAAAUUUUCUUUACCAUCAGCAUAAGCUUAAGUUUCGUCAUUUCAAAUUAUCCAACAAUUAAGUAGAUACAUUAAAAAAUGACAUUAAUCAAUAGUUGCUGCGUUUAAGCAAUUCAUAUUGAAGAAAAAUUCAAAUUUUUCUCAACUAUUUUCCAAUAAUCUGUGAUCAUUAACACUGAAAAAUGCCCGUUUUAUUUGAUAAUUUAGUCUUCGACUGGUGGGAUCAAGAUGAAUGGAUUAAAUGGCAUAAAGACAAUUGGACUAUCAGUAUAUUAAUCACUGCCACUUACUUGCUUAUCACCGGUGGAAUCCGUCAAUGGAUGGUCAAUCGUAAACCCUUCAACCUUAAAGUACCAUUAAUUGUUUGGAAUACAUCAUUGGCCAUUUUCUCAACAAUCGGUGCCUUACAAUCGUGUUAUAAUGCAUUCUGGGCAAUUAAGGAUAAAGGAUUAAUCAAUGGACUUUGUGACAACUCGUUUAUGCAAGAGAAAGCUGCUCUAUUUUGCGGUUGGCUAUUUGCUUGGUCUAAAGUCUUUGAACUUGGAGACACUUUGUUUUUAGCACUUCGUCGUAAACCUUUAACCUUGCUUCAUGUUUACCAUCAUUCAAUUACAUUGAUAGUUUGCUUCUACCUUUACCCUACGGAAACGGCCAUUUGUCGUUGGACGGCAACAUUAAACUUCACUGUUCACAGUUUCAUGUAUUUAUAUUUCGCCAUCACUGCUUGUGGUUAUCGGAUUCCAUCGGCUUUUGCCAAAGCUUUGACUAUCGCCCAGCUCGGUCAAAUGAUCGCAGGUAUACUCAUCUGUAUUGUCCAUAUCACCAUGAUUUCCGCUGGGUUGCCAUGCCAUGGGAAAAUUGACCUGUCCUUAAUCACCAUUGGUGUUUACUUCAGUUAUGCCAUUUUAUUUGCUCACUUGUAUGUUCAAAAAUAUUCAAACAAAUCUCGAAAGUCUCAAUGAGUUUCAAGUUUUAAAUAUUCAUAAAUUUAUAUCUUACAUUUUUGUUGAUUCAAUAAACUUACCUUAACAAUCCAAA